UGUGCUUGUAGAACAACCUGUGUGACCACAGAGUCAAGCGUGUAUCUUGUAUACAUUUUCCAGUCUCUAAACCAUUAAUUUAACAACAGAGAUUUUUAUUUCAUAAAUUCAUUUACUGAAUGUGACGAACUUAUAACAAGUGUGUUAAGGUUACAUCACCUGUGUGAAAUAUAUACGCCUCAAGUUCAGGCAAUGACUGGGGCAUGGAAGGCAGUGCUACUAAGACACUGAGGACGCUACUAGAGCAGAUGCAAUCUGAUCCUGCGGUCAGAGUCAUGGCUAACAAGACACCCCCCAAAUCCUCAGGGGAAGCCUUCCCCACCUUCCUGUAUAAGAUCGCCCCCAUCCUCUCUGUCCAACAGUCCCCCUCAAUGGUCCAGCCCUCAUCAUCCCCCCAAAACACCAGCACUGCUAUCGUGACUACCAUCCCCCCUAACGUGACCAGCCCUGGGGCCACAAUGGUUCUGGAAGAUAUGGGACUAAGAAGAACACGGACCGUGAUCCCUAACUCGGUCAAAGUUCAAAUUGCUAAGGUAGCCAAUCAGAUUCCUAGAAUGACACAGGGUGAGAUUGCUCAGAUGUUUGGAAUUGACAGAACAACAGUAUCAAAGAUCCUAAAGCGACGAAGGGAGUACCUGGACCUGGGCCCAGAACCAGAAGCACCAAAAGCAAAGUAUCUUUGUCCGGCCCCAGAAUCACGCUAUGAAGCACUACCCGAACGGAGAGUUCCAAACAUUUUAUCAGCAUCCAGAGCCAGAAUGCAGAAGGAUGCAGCAAUUCAGAGUAGCCCUGCGGGUGGUAACAAAAUUCCAAAACAGACUCAGGUGCCAUCUCAGCAGCCAGAGGAUCCUAUAGAGAUCAAGGAGGAGAUAACUGAGAUUGACGACACAGAGGCACUGUCGCGUGAGAUGAAUAAUCUGGACAAGUUUCGUGAUCAACAGAAGAUGAUAGAGGAGGCCAACAAACAACGAAAAGCUCUGCUUUCCAAAACCUUGACAGAAAGACAGAAGAAAGCACGUGAAGAGGCCCAGAAGUUGUCCCAUAUCCAGAAAGAAGUUCAGUUGCUGGACAAUCGUCUAUCUGCAGAUGUUACACUGAUCCGGAGUCGGAUAGAAUCAGCCAGCAAAGAUUACAUGGAGGCUCAGCGUCGAUAUGAUAGGGCAGAAAGAGAAUUCAUCGAGGCAAAGAUGGAUCUGCAGAAGAAAUCAGAUUUGAAGGAACAAUUGACAGAACAUUUAUAUACAAUUAUACACCAAAAUGAACUACGCAAGGCAGAGAAACUUUCGCAGCUUAUGAAUGAACUCCAUGUGGAAAUGGAGACAGAGGAGGAGGGAGUAAAACUUGCCACACUCCCUCCUCUGAGUGCAUUUAAUUCAGUCAGUCUCCCAGCACUGCAAAGAGGAAGAUCCCAGGAUUCAAGUCAAAAUGGAGCGCCAUCUACCAAAGAAAGUAAUCACAAAUCCACGCAAUCAAGUGAAAAUACUGCUAUUAAUUCCACUACUGGCCAUAUUGAGGAAACCAAAGAUAGCACUGUUCAUCUACCCGCUGCAGAAUCUCAUAAUAAUAAAGACAAAGUUGUAAAUAACAGUAACUGUGCAAAGGGAGAACAAAGUGUUAACAAAUCCUCUGUAAGUCUACAAACAUCUGUUCAACAAGGGACUUCAGAAACAAAACUUGAUGGUAAAAUAAAUACAGAUAAACCUGUCCCUACAUCGUGGACAUUAGAUGUGAUAAUCAAGCAAGAACCGGAGGAUGUUGAUUAAAUAGUAUUAUGUCAUAUAACCAUUUAUCAAUAAAAAAUAUCUGAAAUAAAGUAUGCAAUUAGUAA